UCUCCAGGUUGUCACCAGAGCGGUGGGAGGUGGUCUGUCACCUUUGAUGCGUCCUCCAUCUCUGCAAGUGACAACAUCAAGCGCUCUGAGCUACGGAUCCGCCUGCCUACCUUCUCUGCCUCUGAGCAUGUUACUGUGGACUUGUACCACUCCCAGAGUGGCCGCUGCUCCAGCCCGCCAUGCCCAGAGAGCCUCUUCCUGGGAUGCCUGAGGGCAGAGCCCAGCUCCCUGACCGCCACAUCCAACUGGAGGGUGUUCAACGUCACCACCCUGUUCCGCUACUACUGGCUGCACCAGGGAGGCUCCGCACCUGGCCAUGAAGAGGGAAGGGCAGAGAGAGAGAAGGGUCUGGAGAGCGUCCUGCACCCCACAGCCGACCGGGUCAUGAUGGUGGUCUUCUCCAAGCACCAGACAAAGAAGAGGGCCCCCACCCUCAUCCGCACCGCUGAACAUUCCAAGUACGUCACUCUGGACCGGGAGCGAGCUGGAGCUGGCCCUGCUGUCAGCGUAGAGGGAGGAAAGGGAGCCCGGCGCAGGAAGAGGCACGGGCUUCACCAGAGAGCAGGAGUGGCUGGGGUGGCCCCUGGCGUGGCCCACACCGAGGAGAGGAAGGGCCCGCUGUGCAAGAAGGUAGACAUGUGGGUGGACUUUGACCAGAUAGGCUGGAGUGAGUGGAUUAUUUACCCCAAGCGCUAUAACGCCUACCGCUGUGAGGGCAGCUGCCCUACCCCAGUGGACGAGACCUUCACCCCCACCAACCAUGCUUACAUGCAGCGUCUACUGAAGCUUCACCUCUCAGACCGGGUCCCGUGCCCAUCCUGUGUGCCCACCCACCUGGCCCCUCUGUCCAUGUUGUAUUACGAAAACAGCGAGGUGCUGAUGCAGCACUUUGAGGGCAUGGUGGUGGACGAGUGUGGCUGCCACUGA